AUGAAGUCCAUGGAAAUACUGAUGAAUGAAGUUCGAGGACAACAGAGAUCGAAGAGGCACAGGAGGAGAGCCUGGCGGUCUUCGCUCGAACCUAUCUACCUGCAGUUUGACGGACAGGGAAACAAGGAAGAGCGAAGAAUAAGAAAGGAAGUGAAUCCGUUCCUAACCCGAGCCAUCUCGAAUGGUAGAGUGUGCGUUUCUCGUUGGAUAGAUUUACAAGAGGAAGCCUUGCGUGCAGAGGAGAGGUCCAACAACGAAAUCAUUCUGGAUACCAAGCUACUCAUACGGUACCACAGCUUCGCUGGUGGUUGCAACAAUCAGAGCCAUUCAUCGUUAUCCUCGCUUUCGGAGCCUGCGACUUGUGAGUCUGAUCAGAUAUCGUGGAGGCGCGGUGAUCGGGUGUAUUACAAUAAUCCAUAUCAAGCCUCAUGCCGCGGUGUAUCAUCCAAUUACGAGGGUAACCUCCAAAAACAAGUUUUGUGCAAUUCCGUGUACCAGUCGUCGAACAAUCGAGUCGUUGCCAAUGCGAACGUAUGUGGUACCAAUGUAGUAGGUAGUUCGUUCGGUUACAAGCUUCCAUCGUCACCAGACUCUCUUGAAAAUUCACCGUCGAACGCCUUGGGAUCUUCGUCAUCGGUCGCACAGACAGCCAGUGCGCGAGCAACCGUGGUAUCCGGUUACGCGUACUCGGAAAACGUUUUCUUCCCCAGGUCGUGCGCAACAACAUUCACGACGUCGCCCACGUCGACAAAUACGCGUAGCAUCGCCGCUACCAACGCGGCGCCGGCCGCCGCUAACGUGCUGUACAACGCUGAGCAGACGCCGUCUCGUCGAAAUUUCGUCGGGAACAAGACGGAAUUUCACGGCGUGUGCUCUGAUUGUCCGGAGGAACGACAGCCGACGUGUAGCGGAUCAUCCUCAUCGUCGUCUCGAUUUGUUCAGUCAGCAGCGUACAACCACGCCACGUUAAAUACGCUCAAGGUCCUGCCGAACGCUCAAGGUCGUGUCGGCAACAUCAGCGGCAACAUCAGCGGCAACAUCAGCGGCAACAACGUUUGCGUGGACAGGAACAACUUCCCGAAGGAAUUCCCCUCUGGGAGGAUUAUACCGCAGACAGUGACGCAGGAGCAACAUAAGCACCAGCAACAGGAAGCGCCGGUGCCCGUGGUACCGAGUUACAGGGUUAACAGCGCGGGUUACUUCUUGGAAUCUGGUGCGGAACUGAGGGAAGAACCGGCGAUAAAUACGAGCGCGGCUGAUACCGUCGCAAUUAACGUCCGCAAUUGUGGCAAUUUCAAGCAGCAAUCCUUCUGCACGGGAAGAAGCACCACCACCACCACCAGCGGCGGCGCAUCGCACGCGGCUCUGCCGCCAUAUUUGGACACCAUUUCGCCAAUAUCGGACAUCGCAUCGGAGAUGAAAUACGAGACGCAGUCAGGUCCCCCGGCGGCGCCGCCGCACUUGACUUCAUCCGGUGUCGAGCCACCGCACAGCAGUCAAGGUUCCGGAAUCGUGGUGGGUAGUUCACCGACCGAGAUCGACACUUUGCUGUUGCCUUGGCCAAACGGGCCGGAAUUCUUGGAGGGCGGUGUUCCAGAUGCGAAGCAGACGGUCGCGUUUCAAGAGAACUGGGAAUCGCUUCUGGGCGCGACCGUCUCUGCCGAGCAGUCGAUGUCGGACGUGAAAAUGCUCCCGCUUCCACCGUUUACCAAUUACACGGGACACCUUCAAAUCAACGGUAUCCCCGGUCAUCACUAUCACACGAUAGCCUCGUCCGGCCAAAGAUCGGGGAUCGAGGUAGGACCUGUUUCUCCCACACCUUCGACCAAUCAGGAAUUCUUCGAAUCGCCCGUAGUGUCCUCGAGUACGCCAUGUCCGCAGGCGAGUCAGAAACAGCAGCAACAGAAUCACCAGCAACCGCAGCAUCAUCCUCACAAUCAGCAACCGCAGCAACAGCAGCAGCAACAACAAUUGCCGCAGUCGACGCAGCACACGAUCUACGAGGAUAUGGAAGACAUAGCGCAGAUCAUCGGUUCCGCGAUAGCGGACACGACGGUGCCGGGCAACGGAAACGGUCCCAACUCCGAGCAAGAGACAGACGCCUCAGGGGACUGGAUAGACAUCGCCGAUUGGAUUACGAACCAUUCGCCCAAGACCCAGGAGACUACGUCGCCCAAUUCGUUCGCGACGCACCAGAUUUACGUGACCACGACGCCCUCGACGCAAACCCCCCAGCAGCACGCUGGCUCCGCGUUGCAGAACUUGCUCUCACAGGGUAAACUGGAGUACGCGCCCCUGCUGCAGGCGAGAUUGCAGGCCGGCAACGCGGCGGCGAAUCUUCAGAACGCGUCUUGCGGCGAGACCCCCUCGUCGACGAGCCCGUACCCGCCGCUCAGCCCGCCCAAUCGAGUGUCCACGUCUUGCAGCCCCGACGAUAUUCUGCACUCGUCUUUCGCCGCGCCCUCUCACCCCAGAAAGAGAUCGCGAUCCUCGCCGGGUUCCGGGGGCCCACCUUCCAAGAAGGGCCCGGCCGCCGGUACCGCGACGCUACCAUACGGAACGGAAUCGGGUCUAAUGAGUGGAAAGGACAAGCCGGUACAUCGGUGUCAUAUCUGUCAAAGAGGUUUCCUAAAUAAAAGCAAUAUUAAGGUACAUUUGCGUACGCAUACUGGUGAAAAACCAUUCAGAUGCGAUGUGUGUAGCAAAGCCUUCAGACAAAAGGCGCAUCUUAUCAAACAUCAACAGAUUCACAAACGAAUUGGCAGGGAUUAG